AUGGCAAAGAUUCCCCGUAACUUCAAGUUGAUGGAGGAGCUCGAGAAGGGAGAGAAGGGCAUUGGCGAUGGCACCUGCAGUUACGGAUUGACAGAAGGUGAUGAUAUGUUGAUGUCCAACUGGAACGGCACCAUCCUCGGCCCUGGACACUCUGUUCACGAGAACAGGAUCUAUAGUCUUCGUCUGUACUGUGGCGAACAUUACCCAGAUGUACCUCCCACCGUCUCGUUUAUCUCCCGUAUCAACCUUCCCUGCGUGAACCAGCAAACUGGACUUAUCGACUCAUCGAGAUUGUCUUGCUUGAGCAAUUGGAAGAGGAAUUACGGCCUCGAGACCGUCCUGACCGAGUUGCGCCGUGAGAUGGCUAUGCCCCAUAACAGGAAGCUUCCUCAGCCCCCAGAGGGAUCCGCCUACUAG